AUGUAUUCACGUUCAAGGACGCAGAUUUAUCAAUUACGGGCGUCCACCCGUUCAACUUCGAACCUGACACCAGCAGACGAGCUUCUCAAGCUUGUGGCUCACCUGCAAUCACCCAAGUUUGCUCCAACGCUCCCGGAGAAAAUCCCAGUUCCCCAAUCGCUUGAGGAGAAAGAAACCUAUCGAAAUCCGUUUGUGCGAUUCCGCCUGAACGAUGUACUGCAGAGCUCUAUACGCUUCCGGUUGCCUACUAAGUAUCGAGAUCUGAUUAAUGUGAAGGAGCCAACGCCCAGAGGCCCCGAUUUUCUAAAAACGGAUCUUGUGGAUCUCUUCUUGGCUCGCACUGGUGGCAAGCAUCCCACAAGGUUCCGCACCAUCCACAGUCCAGAAGCCUCUCCAGCCAUCAUAUUCCCUCCAGAUGUGUGUCGCAAAAUCCAAAAUAUGUCUUCCAGCUAUGACGUUGAUCAGAUCAUACAGCAUUUAGCGGCGGAGCUGAAGAGAUACUCGCGAUUUGACAUAGUUUGCGGUCUUUUGUCUUUGACCAAGGUUUUACCCCAGGAAUCAGAGCAGAAAGUGGUAGAGCACAGUUUGAAGACACUUGAGAUUAUAGACCAAUCGGAGACUACCGUAUUGCUGCAGGAGCUUAUGAAACUAGAAAAUUUUGACUACGUCCAACAGGCUAUUGAUAAAAUGAAUAAGUUGGAUCCUUCGCGAGACUUCCCCAGAGACGCAACCUCCCAGCUUCAAGCUUGCUUGCUCGAGUUCGCGAUCAAGCACCGUAAGUUUCAAUUUGCCGCUCAAAUGCUCACCUGCUUGCUCGAAAAGCGGCUAGUUCCAACGCCAGAUAUACUUGAAAAAUAUGCAAAACUUGUCAAAGACACCGCAAUGUCCGUCGACGCCGACAUCAGCAGCCGCAGAAUCGUCUUCAUGGCCUAUGCUACCCCGCUCGCACGUGCAUUACAGCAUCAAACGAACACCAUCAGCAGAAGCUUGGUCCAAAACAUUACUUUAUGGUUAUCCAUCCACGAACUUUUUUGGUUCCUGGAGUUCCUAAAACACACAGGGGCGGUAGUUAACGGGAUUAAUUCUGCGAUCAUUGAACAGCACGGAAGACUGGCGAAGAAAUCAUCAGCCAUAGACAACGCGUUGACAUUGACCUCAUUGAUUGGCCACUUGAGAAAACACAAGUUUGAGCCUUUUGAUGACAACUGCAGAAAGUUGAUUAUUUCGCAAUACUGCAAGUUUAAAUCUCCAAUUGCCGCUCAAUGGUGGAUUGACUCGCUUAGAGAGCCGCUCUCUGCUGACGAAACUAGUCAAAUUAUAAGAGAUAUCAAAGCCUCGCCUUUUAAGGUUGACGAAAAGGAAUUUCCGUACCAUGGUCAAAAACACAUAGACGCAUUUAUAGAGAACCUCUCUACCUAG